CUUUCCUUCGAGGUGAGUCGGUUGAGCCGUUAGUGUCGUUGCCGUUGUGAGAGAAUGGUGAUUGUGAUGUGCAUCGCGAACGAGCGCGCACCCUGAAGGACGGUAAAGUACGCGCCACUCUCGACGCACGAUUAAUAAACCCGAAGGGUAUCCCCCUCGGCAAACCACCAUCCCUCACCCCGCCCUGUCAGUGGCCGAUUCGAACUCGUCUCUCUCGUCGAAUUCCCCGUCGUCGUCAUCGUAUUCAAUUUUCUCGUAGCGGUGCUGCUCUCCCGCGAGAUCGAAAGAAAGAACGAAAGGAAGGAAGAGCGCAAGACGUUCGCCGAGUUCGUCCGGAGCGUUUAUCGCGGUCCAACUCCUCUCUUCGUCGUGCAGCACGCUUCGCAGCUUUUCCUGCGCUCGUCACGCGGAUGUCCGUAGUAGCGCCAGCACUACGUACUCGGUGGUAUAGUUGCGGUUGAGUGUGAGGUGAAGCUAACGGAAGACAACCGGCCGAGGGGACACAUCGCGAGGAGAUAGAGAGAGCGAGAGCGAGAGAAAGAUAGAUAGAGAGACAGAGAGAGAGAGAGAGAGACAGAAGAGAGAAGAAAGAGACUCACGGAUAGUAGCAAGAUGCCCUGCUCCGCGGUGACGCUGUCCCUCGCCACCAUAACCGGUAUAAUCGCCACUGCCCUCCUGGCGAUCGCCUUCUCCACGGACAACUGGCUCUACACCGAGGUCAAGCGCGCCCAGAUCCAGCAAUACGCGAGCAAGCAUGCCGAGCAAAGCCACUUGGUGGAGCAAAUGAACACAAAGUAUUAUUAUUACACGAGGACUCAGGGAUUAUUCAGGAUAUGUUAUCCCAAAGAGAGACCACCGACAGUCGAAACUUACUUGAGCCCCGUGGAGACGCACUGCAUGAAUAUCGAUUAUUUUAUUCCCGAUGAAGAGAAUCAGACGAGGGGUUUCUCCGACGACGCGAUGGCACGACUACACAUGGGGAGAUCCGUGAUAGCGCUAUUCAUGGUCGGUUUUGUCGCGAUAUUCUCGGCGUUUUGGACAGGAGUGGUGGGCUGUUGGAGAAGAUCACCAGGAAACAUCACGGCCACAGCGAUUUUGAUGUUAUUCGCCUGCCUUCUGAGCGCUGGUGGUAUGGGCCUGUGGCACGGGGUCGAAUAUUAUGAAAAGGAGAAAAUUGUCGGCGAAGAGUAUUACCAACAAUGGAGCAACGUUUUAAGGGACAACACGGCGCAGUGGUACGACUGGUCGUUUUAUCUGGCCUGGCUGGGGGUGGCGACGUGUCUGGGUACGAUGACGCUAUUUCUGAUCGCGGCAUCCUGCUUGAGAAGGGAGCGUGCCCGCGAGCAGGCCCAGAAUGUUCAGUACAUCAUGCCAGUGUACCCCCAGAAACAGCAAUACGCGUACCCCGGAUAUCCAGCCCCAGCGGCAUACCCGGGCCCGUAUUAUCACGGUUCUCAGUAUGGGCCCUACAACUACUGAAGAAACUCAGCUGGUCGGCAUCGGAGGAAAGAAAGCAUCCCGGGCGCGCUCGCGCUCGCCAAACUUGUCGAACAUUCUCUAUUAGCGUCUUGACUGGCCGGACAAGGACCAGAAAUAUAUUCGUAAAAUUCGACAGACUCGCCGAGGUCAAUUCGCAAUCGCGACGUGCAAUAGAUCGAUCGUCUUGAUCGAUUUGAAUCUAACCGCGAUCGCAAAGAGUCCGGCUUCAGACGUAAUUUAUUGAUCAGUUAAUGAAGUUAAUUCAAGCGUGGCCAACGAGUAUCGGAUAUUCGAUUUACGCGAACGUCACGAAACGCAAAAGCAAGCUCUUCUCUCCCUGCGAUAGACCGAUCGUUUGGCUUCCACCGGCCGGAAGUCCAAGAAUCCAGGCAACGCGAGGAGGUCCAGAAGAACGUUCGGGAGAUCGUUCAAGAGAUCAGGUCGUCUUUUGGCCACUCUCCCGUAGCUGAUCUUCGGAGCACUCGCGUCGCCUGGAAAUACUCGACUUGCGUAAAGCGGUUGCUCAAAAUCCGCGUUACUUACACUUAGGAGGCGAGAUCAUUUUGUACUUUUCCAGUUUAUACAAGUAAGAUAUAUCGAUCAUUCUCUCGCACGCACAUCUUUAAAGUGAGCGCACUCACGCGUGUUAAUCGCGCAGGAGGCGCGAAUCGCGCUCACGUUCAUCGCGCGUUGGUUCCCGUCCGUCGACUGCGAUGCUCGACUCCCGAUCGGGUUUUCUCAAAUUGUUGGAAACGCAGACGUUAAAGACGUGACGUGUCGUCAUCACUUUAGCGCGAAAGCGGCCGUCCGUCGUCCGUUUCCGUCAGUCGCGGAUUUAACGGAUGUUAUAUAUGCUUCGAGGAAGCUCGGUGAGAACCGGAGUCGCGUAUCUUGAUAAUUGAAAACCGAACGACCAUAUCGAUCGAGUCCGUGAAACUUGGCUCGCGUCGACGUCGCGUUUGCCUUUAUUUAUUUAACGCGAUCGAGUGGGAGUUCAAUCUCGCGAAGAGAGAACGAUCGUCGUCGAGUCGCAUGAGCGAAGCGGAAGGCGACGCGGAUACGGCAUCAUGCUCGUGAACGCUCUCUCACCUUGGUAGUACCAAAUAUUAAAUAAAUAUCCCGAUUAGGAUCGUGCAAGAAGAAGAUCGAGUCGCGAUUUUUGCGCAGAGCGUCCGUUCGCCGCGAGUCCGGUUUAACCAUCUCGAGUCUGACGGAACAAUAGAUCUCAGCUGAAGACGUGAAGACACGAAGAAGUCAGGAUAUUCUGAUUGAUGAUUUGGACGGAAACCGCAGUUCCGACUUCUCUCGAGUGACAUUGGGAUGUUGGGAUUGACUCGGGAUGUUGAGAAAAUUACACUGAGAAUCUAUGUGGAAAACGUGUAGUUAAUAAAUAAAAUAUUCGACUCCGAAGAGGGUUAAAACUUAAUACCGCGGACGAAACGCGAUAUCGUAACGUGUGUGGUGCAUAACGUAAACAUUUAUAUAAUAUAUGGUGCUGCUAUGAUCGUUACGUGAUAACGCGGAUCGCGAAGUUAUGUCUGAUACAUAGCUCUCCUGAUAACACCGAUCUGUAAGAUUUAUUA